UCGGGCCAGAUCAGACCCUGCGAGGUGGUUACUCCCAAAAGCUGGACGCUGGGAAGGUCACAGGCCAAGACUCACUCACCUGCCUUGCCCAGUCUCACCCUUAAGAGGGCUGCCUGGGGUACGCCCUGCCUAUUCCUACCCAAGCAAAUCACCCACGCUCCUACACCCUCUUCCCCACCCUUUGCCGGCGAGGGCUGAGGGACCCUGGCCCAGGGUCAAGUCCGUGGCAUGUGGCCAGCCGCGCGCCAAGUAUUAAUAGAGAGCCGCGGGCUGCAGGAGGCUGGCACUGGAGCCUCGGAAGGCGGAGUGAAAGGAGCGCCGAGCGCGCGGCCUCGGCCCUCCCCCUGCAGCGGCGCGCGCCCAGCGGCUGCCGGGUGCACCUGCGGGUCCCCAAGGGGGGCGCUGCCUCAGCAACCGCAGCCGCCGCCUAGACUGCGGGAGCCGCGCCCGGGGGCAGCCCGGAGUGGGGGAGCAGCGAUGAGCAGCGACCCGGACCGCGAGUGCCCGGUAGACGGAGAUAUUGAUCAAGAAGAGAUGGUUCCAAGUAGGAAGAGUGCUGUUCUCGUGGAUGGCUUCAUACUGAAUGGUCCCACAACAGAUGCAAAAGCAGGAGAAAAAUUUGUUGAAGAGGCGUGUAGGCUAAUAAUGGAAGAAGUGGUUUUGAAGGCUACAGAUAUCAAUGAGAAGGUGUGUGAAUGGCGGUCUCCUGAACAGCUGAAACAACUUCUUGAUUUGGAGAUGAGAGACACAGGAGAGCCACACCACAGGCUGCUGGAGCUCUGCCAGGAUGUCAUUCGCUACAGCGUCAAAACCAACCACCCAAGAUUUUUCAACCAGUUGUACGCUGGACUUGAUUAUUACUCCUUGGUGGCCCGAUUUAUGAUAGAAGCAUUAAACCCAAGUGUUUAUACGUAUGAGGUGUCCCCAGUGUUUCUGUUAGUGGAAGAAGCGGUUCUGAAGAAAAUGAUUGAAUUUAUUGGCUGGAAAGAAGGGGAUGGAAUAUUUAACCCAGGUGGUUCAGUGUCCAAUAUGUAUGCAAUGAAUUUAGCUAGAUACAAAUAUUGCCCUGAUAUUAAGGAAAAGGGGCUGUCUGGGUUGCCAAGAUUAAUCCUUUUCACAUCUGCAGAGUGUCAUUACUCCAUGAAGAAGGCAGCCUCCUUUCUUGGGAUUGGUACUGACAAUGUUUGCUUUGUGGAAACAGAUGGAAGAGGUAAAAUGAUACCUGAAGAACUGGAGAAGCAAAUCUGGCAAGCCAGAAAAGAGGGAGCAGCACCAUUUCUUGUCUGUGCCACCUCUGGUACGACUGUGCUAGGAGCCUUUGAUCCCCUGGAUGAAAUCGCUGACAUCUGUGAGCAGCACGGCCUCUGGCUUCAUGUGGAUGCUUCCUGGGGUGGCUCAGCUUUGCUGUCAAGGAAGCACCGCAAGCUCCUGCACGGCAUCCACAGAGCUGACUCUGUGGCCUGGAAUCCCCACAAGAUGCUGAUGUCUGGAAUUCAGUGCUGUGCUCUUCUUGUAAAAGACAAAUCUGACCUUCUUAAGAAAUGCUACUCUGCAAAGGCAUCUUACCUCUUCCAGCAGGAUAAAUUCUAUGAUGUCAGCUACGACACAGGAGACAAGUCUAUCCAAUGUAGCAGGAGACCAGAUGCAUUCAAGUUCUGGAUGACAUGGAAGGCCUUGGGCACAUCAGGCCUUGAAGAAAGAGUUAAUCGUGCUCUGGCUUUAUCGAGGUACCUAGUAGAAGAAAUCAAGAAAAGAGAAGGAUUCAAGUUACUGUUGGAACCUGAAUAUGCCAAUAUUUGCUUUUGGUACAUUCCACCGAGCCUCAGAGAGAUGGAGGAAGGACCUGAGUUCUGGGCAAAACUUAAUUUGGUGGCCCCAGCCAUUAAGGAGAGGAUGAUGAAGAAGGGAAGCCUGAUGCUGGGCUACCAGCCCCACCGGGGGAACGUCAACUUCUUCCGCCAGGUGGUGAUCAGCCCUCAAGUGAGCCGGGAGGACAUGGACUUCCUCCUGGAUGAGAUAGACCUACUGGGUAGAGACAUGUAGCUGUGGCUUUUGGUCCCCCAGAGACACGGAUCCUUUCCCAGGAAGGGUUACAGAUCCCGAGAGUCUGGGGACACAUAGGAGAUUGCAGCCCCUCUGGUGAGAAAUAGGAAGCAUGCCCCAUCCAGGCCCAGCAAAACCAAAAUGCUAAGCAAAUAGUGUUAAGGACUCUUUAGCUGCCUGGGCACUACUGUUGCUAUAAAGGAGGAAGUGAAAAUGGGUUUUCUCAAGGAUUGUCCCUAGGACACAGCCUUGAAGAGAGUUUAGGAGGUACCAGGUGGGGCCUGGGUUCUAAG